CAGAGCUGGCACGGGAAAACGCGGCGGGGUUAUCGAUCAGUUAUCGCUCGAAUAAUGCAGCUGAUACUCUCCGCCGCGUGCCUGGCAGCAGCCAGCGCGCUCUCUGCGACCACUCAGACGCCAUCGACGCGCGUCAAGCUCCCGCACCUCAAGGCUGAGGCCUUCCGUCACCCCUUAGACAAAGACCUGACGGCGUCCGUGCAGCGCUCGCCGCUGCGGUUUCUCGAGACUGCGGUGCGGACGGGUCUUGCUCCGCCCCUCGAACAGAUGACGCGCCUGGACAACCUCGCGACGGGCGUCAAGGUCAGCGAAAAACAGUAUCCCGAGCUCCACGCGAGCUUCCAGGAGGCCAUCGCGUGCCUCGGCGGGCUCAAGCCGGAGCCCGAAUUAUUUGUCAAGAGCGAUCCUCGCCCGAACGCGUACACGCUGGCCCUGCGCGGUGGCGCGCCCUUUGUCGUGGUGACGUCGGCGCUCGUGGAUGGGUUCUCGGCAGCCGAGACUCAGGCCGUGUUGGGCCACGAGCUCGGCCACCUCGUGUGCGAGCACUCGCUGUGGUUCUCCCUCGGGAGCAUCGGCUCGACCUUGCUGCCGCCGCUGCCGGGCGUCGGCGCGGCGGCCGAGCGCCUCCAGCAGGAGUGGCGCCGCGCGGCGGAGUUUUCGUGCGACCGCGCCGCCCUGCUCGUGACGCAGGACGCCGCGGUGGUCAGCGAGGCGCUCAUCAAGCUCGCGAGCGGUUCGACAAGGCCCGUCGACGUUGAGGCUUACCUGCAGCAGGCCCGCGAGUACGACGAGGCCUUGGAGAAGUCCAGUCGCUUCGUGCGCACGAUGCAGGGCCGCAUGCUCGCGGACGCGACGCACCCGCUGCCCAUCCGGCGCGUCGCGGAGUUGGACAGGUUUGCUCGCUCUGCGCAGUAUUCGCAGAUCCUGGCCAAGGGGGAGGCGUUGUAGAUUAAUCAUGUACUUUGUGG